AUGUUUUAUUGCUUUCUAAUAUUUGCUAUUGGUUUAUCUAUUACACUUUACAAUACCGGAGAAAAAGAAGCUGAAACUGAAAAUUCAUUUGUUUCAUUUUAUACCAUAAUGUUUGUCAGCUCUAUCAUUGUUAUGAUUUUUACACUGGGCUACGUGUAUCGACAUCGCAAUGCUAGUUUGGAAGCAAUCGAAAAAGGGGAGUUAUCAGCUCCUAGAAUAGCCUUCUCAUUUCGUGGAGAAGAUGUAAACUUGUAUCUGCGUUUCGGAAUUGGAUUGUUUGCAGCCAUGUCCAUCGUUCAUUCAGCUACAAGAUGUUACGAAAUUGCAAAGAAAUAUCCGUUACAUUCGGCUUCUAUUAUUUACAUAUUUUUCAAAAUUCUGUUCUUUAUCACUCAGACCGUAUUUUUGCUACUUUUACAUCGUAUAGUAAUUCUUGUGAGAAUACGCAUCUUCAGUUUUAUACUACUACACAUUCUAACAGUGAAUCUGUGCAUCUGGUCAGAUGCUGUUAUUAAAAAAAUAUCUAAGAGUAUUGGAACUUUGGCAGUUCUAAAUGUAACUGUCGUACAUAAAAAGUAUGAAUUAGCGGCAACAAAUUAUUUUCUUCCUGCAGUACCAGAAUAUUGUGCGAUUGCUGUGGCUGUAGUUUACGAAUUGUUACAUCGUGUUGGGCAGUUGAAGCAAAUCGAAUGUCAACAUGAAAAAAAGGAAGAACAUCGUGUGAAAUGUGUUGAUCGUGGUUCCAUUGGCAUCAUUAUCGGAACAGUUAUAAUUUGUAUUGUUAUGGGAGUUGUAAUGUUAUUGGAGAUUUGGGGGAAAAAAAUCCAUAAUUAUGUGUAUAUCGUUCAUUCAACUGAAACAAGCAUACUCUUUAUUAUUGCAUUGAUAUUUUGUGUUAUUGGUAUAUGGAAUACAAGAAAAUUGAAAUUCUCAGUGAAUUUUUCAAAUCAAAAUUUGGAUAGCAAAUUAUUAAUAGUUACAUUUUUUAUAACUGUCACAUUUUUAGUGGCAUGUAUUCUCCUCAAUAUCGCAUUUUUAUUGGGUAAUGGUUUCAAUAAUAAUGAACAACAAUGUCUUAAAUUACAUUUAUUCUCAGCACUUUUAGAGUUAAUACAAGUUACAGUGCAGAAUUUUUUCAUAAAUGAUUUAUUCUAUAGAUGUUGUCACGACGCAUCAUAUCAACAGCGUAAACCAGGCCGUGCAAUGAUUGCAUUAUUAUCAGCCAUAAAUUUUUCUUUAUGGACAAUUUAUAGCUUUCAGGCAAAACAUAACAAUAUACUACUCAGUGUGAAUAAAAACUAUGUGCAAACAAGUGAACUUCAAAGUCUGUUCAUCUACAUAAAUGUAGCCCUACCAAUGGUUAUGUUAUAUCGUUAUCACAGUAGUGUAUGCUUAGCAAUUGAAUAUAUUCGUGUAUAUGAAGACGAAAUAACACGAUAUGAAAGUAUGUUACGUGGAGUACCACAUACUAAAUUACUACCGUUUGGUUCUAAGUGGGAGGUAAUUGAAUCGCAACACCCAAAUUACUCUUUACCAGCUAAUUUACUGACAGUACCUAGAACCAGAGCUUUAUCAGAACCUGUAGUAACAUUGAAUCCAAGUGCUUUUUUAAAAGAAGUUCAUACACUAGAUAAAAGCAACACUACAAUUCAUGGAAAUCAUCAAAAUAUUUCAAGUUUAAAUGAACAAGAAGAAAAACAACAAACUAUAAAAUCGAAUAAAUUGGAACAAUCAAAGUCGCAAAAGUAUACCAAUCAAAAUAAAAGACGUACAACACAUAUCAGUAUGGAAUUAGCACAAUAUCGUGUAAAUGCAAGUGAAAUGGAGCAUCGUCUGGCUGAAAUGAAAUUAAAAAAAUAUAAACGUGGUAAAGACGAUCACUCAAUAAAUGAGAAAUUAACACUUAAUAGAUUUAAUCCACAUAAAGAAGCAGAGCCAACAAUGUCAACUUCGUUAUCCGACAGCGCAUUAUCUACAGUACGUACCACGGAUACGAUUAAUGAAGAUGACGAUGAAGAUGAUGUUACUGGUGGUAUGGAAUGUGACGAUUAUGAACGACAGAAUCCAUCACCUGAAUCAUGUUAUUAUACUAAAACAGGGGAUAGUAGUUCAGCUACAUAUCUUACACAAAGUCAAUUAUAA